GCAACUUAACUUUCUAUCUAUGGCUCUGACCUCUUGCUCUAUAUACCGCCCCCUAGAAGAUUCUCCAAAUAAUACUAGGCCUAACAUGCUGUUUGUGUUUGCUGGAAAAUGCGUCAAGACAUUUACCAAAGUCCAUGAUAGAUUGGACUUUACGAACAACCCAUUAUAAUUUAUUCAGUAAUUAGGUUUCAUAAUUUAUUGGUCAGAAAUUCUACACAAAAAAAAACACAAUGGAGCAGUACAGAAAUAUUUUUACCUUCUUAUGUAGCAUCAGUGAAUGCCUAUUUUUUGGAGGCCUUGCAUAUGGUUGGGCUAGUUUGGUUUAUGUGGUGAAAGAUCGUGGUUUUUUCAGCGAUGAAUGUGACCAGACUGCAAUUACGAAUGAUUCAUUUGAUUCGUGCGGAGUUCUAGUUAAUGCGACAGAAGGGCAAUGUCCAGAACAAGAUGCUCGAUUACAGCUCGUCUUCACCGUCGCUGCAUUUACAAUUAAUGCAACUUCGUUUAUCAUGGGACCAGUAUACGAUAAAUACGGAACCAGAUUGGUUCGGAUUAUUUUCAGCUUUUUAAUGGCUCUAGCAUUUCUACUGCUGGCUUUCAGUAAGCCUGAGGAACCGAACAUCUUAUUUCCUGCCAUGAUGUUUAUGGCAAGCGGUGGAAUCAUGAUUUUAUUCACUAAUAUACAGGUUGGGAAUCUGUUUGGUCGAUGGCGUUCAACCAUUGUCACAGCGUUAAGUGGUUCAUUUGACUCUUCUGCUUUUGUCAUGUUGCUCGUGAAGAUAGGUUAUGAAGGUGGUAUCUCGAUGCAAACGUCGUUCAUCAUCCUAGCCAUUGCUACCCUGAUGUUCAAUAUUAACACUUGGAUUUUGCUGCCAAUCAAACAUAUACCAUGGCCCCUCCCUAGCAACUGGGGGAAGCCUGAUGCAGCGGUUAAUGGAACGAAAGGAAAAGUUGUCAUAGAGGAGGAGAUGAAGAUGAAUAGUGAGUCAGAGCAAGUAAAUUUGGAUCAAAAAGACAAUGCUCAUGACAGCACAAGUAUGCCACAAUUUUCCGAUCUCUUGGACCGUGAGUAUCCGAACGUGAGAACAUGCUUGGUGUCACCAAUGUACAUCCUAUUGCUCCUCUGGUUGACUGUGAUCCAGUUACGCCACUGGCUUUUCCUGGGUACCUUCAAUCCCUGGAUUAAUGGAUUAUCCUGUGAUAAAAAUGAAGUGAGUCAGUACACUUCUGUGUUUGCAUCCGUCCAAUUCUGUGGAAUUCUCUUUGCUCCUCUCUGUGGUUUACUGCUGGAUAGAAAUCGAAAAAAGAAAACAUCAGAAGGAAAAGACUGCAGUGAACGCACAUUCCUGGAUGACCUUCAAGACAGCAUACUUGCGUUUUUAGUGACGAUCGUUAUCACUUUGCUCUUCUGUAUCAUGACCAUAAUUCCUAUUCUUGAGGUCCAGUAUAUUACGUUCGUGCUACAAGUACUUAGCCGUGCAUUCUUAUAUGGAUUGGCUGCAGCUUUCAUCGCCACAGCAUUUCCAAUGCAGUUCUUUGGCUCGCUCUAUGGAAUGAUGAUGCUGUUGUCAGCCAUUUUUGGUCUCAUCCAGUAUCCUCUAUUCAUCAUCAGUCAGAAGUAUUCUGAUGGUGAUCCAAUAUACGUAAACAUCUUUGUGUUGUUGCUGAACAUGCUUUCGUUUUUGCUACCACUGUACAUAGGUGUCUACGUGAAGAGAAAGCGUACGCUUUGGCGUCAGAAGUGUGGUACUGCACACGCCUUGGCACCAGUUACUACUUAAAGUUUCCUUUUUGUAUCUUACAUUUUUUAAGUUAUCUUAGUUGAAUUCUUUUUUUUUCCUGUGCAUCGCAUUUUACAUUUAAUUUCACCAAAAAUCUUUAAAAUACAUACAAAGGACAAAAAUACUGUAAAGACAAAACUAUACCCUUGUCGGUGACAGGAUAAACAAAAAGCAAACUUAAUUGCUGUGGAGAGUUUUUUCUUCUAACAAGGGUAUAACAGUAACAUAAAAAAAUAUAUAUAUAAAAGUAUAUAUAAAACUAUUUUAUAAAAAUAGAUUUACUGUAAAAGUAGGAAAAGUACAACAAAUUAAAGCAUGAAUGUAAGGACUGUUAAAAUGUGUGAUUCUAGGGCAAAUCGCUCAAGUCUUAAUUUUAUAUUUUCGUAGCUUGAUAUUAUUUUUGAUGUAUUAUCUGAUUUGUUGCUGUUAUCUCUUCUAAAAUAUGGAUUUCUGUCUUUUACUCCCCUCUCUUGGUAGCUCACUGUGAGUAGCAUUAAUGCACUGCCAGUCACACACAUCACAAUGAUUGUAUUUGUGCAAAUUUUAUGUAGCAAUUCUACUAGGAACCGAAUUAAAAAAAGUCUAUAAAAUAAUGUCUUGCCCACACUGACAGAACUGUUAAAUAGUUUGUUUGGAGGGCUUUUUAAAAUUUCCAGAUGGAAAAAUUUACUUCAAUACAACUUAAUAUCAUAUGACUGAUUGAUCCUUAGAUUUUAAUGUUUUACAAUGUUAAGUAAAAAUUAAAA